AUGCCCUUUGGGUUGAAGAACGCCGGAGCAACCUAUCAAAGGCUCGUGAAUAAAAUCUUCAAGGAGCAAAUCAGCAAAACUAUGGAAGUCUACAUGGACGACAUGCUGGUUAAGGCCCCAAAGAGUGCAGAUCACAUCAAAAACCUUGUCGAGGCGUUCAGCCUGCUCCGCCGGCAUCGCAUGAAAUUGAAUCCAAGUAAAUGCACGUUUGGUGUAUCCUCCGGUCGAUUCCUGGGAUACCUAGUCACGCAACGAGGUAUCGAGGCACACCUACGUCAAAUCAAAGCUAUUCUCGAGAUGAAUUCGCCCUCCACGGAAGGACAAAAAGACAAAUGGGAUGAGAAGUGCGAAGUAGGUUUCCAGAAUCUAAAGACUUAUCUCACUUCACCUCCCCUGCUCUUAAAGCUAGUCCCUGGUGAGGACUUUUUCGUGUACCUGGCAGUGUCCAACUCAGCUGUCAGCUCAGCUCUCAUUCGAAAAGAGCUAGGGGCCCAACAUCCGAUAUUCUAUACCUCAAAAGCUCUCCUCAAUGCAAAGACUAGCUACCCGAAAUUGGAGAAGCUCAUUUUGGCUCUUUUAGUUUCCGCGAGAAAGCUGCGACCCUACUACCAAGCUCAUCGAGUCAUCGCCAUGACCGACUUUCCUUCGAGAUCAAUCCUCCACAGCCGUGAUGCUUCUCAGUGA